AUGCAACAAGCUUGCAAGAGUUUAACUACUGAGUCCAGUCUUGCUCAGGAAGCCAAAGGAGUGGUAGAGGAGGUAGAAAACAAGGAAGAAGAAAUGAGAGGAGGACACACUGGUGAUGGUAGUUCUGGCCCCAUGGACAAGGGGAUCCACGAGGAAGGCGGUCCUGGCAGCAGUGUUCAACAGCAGCCUCAGCAAGAGGUGGUGAUGCCUGAGGGCACCAAGAGUCCCCAGGCUGGGGACAGGCUGCCUUUCCAGCACAACACCAGAUUCACCCAGUCUCAGCUGCAGGACCUGGAGAGUCUUUUCCAAGAGACUCGCUACCCCAGCUUGCGAGCAAGGAAGGAUCUUGCAAGAUGGAUGGGUGUGCCGGAAGCCAAUGUGCUGGAUUGGUUUAGGACCAGGAGAGCCAUUUUCAGGAGAAGCAGUAGACUGUUGGUGCUGUUCAAUGCGCCUCCUGGUCCCCAGAACAACAAUUCCUGA